GGGUAUCUUCUCGCGGUAGCUCACGAUUCUCGUACGUGUAUUCCUCCUCUUGCAUCGUCUCUUUAUUAUAUAAAUGCAGUAAACAGAAGCAGGAGAACAGAAUAUCGAAGCAAGAAAGGCAUUGGAAUAUGGUUUGAAUCGAUGGUGAACGAUCAUUUCCUAGUGAAUUGUAUCUUGGCAUGUAUAACCUCGAUCCUUCGACAGCGCAGAACAGCGCAGAACGGGAAAGGGAAUAGUUCCAUCACAUUUCACAUCUCAAUACAAUGUCAAAGUCUGGCAACAAUACUUCUAUGCAUCAGGUAUGCAUAUGAUCCUCGCGGAUUUCAAACCGCCCUUCUUGUGAAAUCUUCUGCCAUUUGAGUAUUCGAAAAGAUCUUUGUUUCUUCUCAAUGCUUGCUUUUUUGCACCUCCGUCGUUUGUUUGCAAGUGCUAGGGAGCGCAGCUCUUGAAAUUGGGUUGAAGACAAGACAAACGACAAACGCAUUGAAAACAUUGGUAUACAGAGGAUGAAACGUUCUUUCCGUCUGGUUUUUCUCUUUCUUUCUCUCUGUCUCUCGCGUUCACUUUUUCUUUGGAAGCUAGCGUUGAUCAUUCACUUCUAACUCCACCUCCACCUACACCAAAUCAACCACAACCCUUUCUCUUCCUUUUUCUAUUUUUCAAACUUUCAAUCUCCAACAACUUCCAACUUCUCACUUCCUUUUCUCCUUCAGCCAAUAUCAGUGCCUCUGUUUGUAAUACUGAUUUGUUUUCUAUCUCGUCAUUAGUUGCCAGGGAACGGAAACAUCGAUUUCUCUGAAGCUAUCGUUUCUCGAGUUGACUACAUCUCACCAUUCGAUUCCUCUGUCAUUUGAUAGAUCAAACCCUUGAUUUACGUAUCACUCUAUUUUCCAGCCAAGUAGCUUCUUUUCUGCUAAAGGGAGAGGAGUUUCAGUCGGUACCCAGGACAAAGACUCAGAAAUCAUUUCUAUAUUCAAGGUUGAUCUCCUCAUUUCAUGUUUGCAUUCACAACCUCGUAAUCGCAACGAUGACGACCACGACGACCAUGACUCCCAGACUCCCAGCUAUUCAGGUCAAACCUGAAGUUAGUGAAUCAGAUCAAAUCGUAUUGCGCAUUGACAACAUACAGCCCGGGACCACAAUAUCUGAUUUGAUCAGUAAUCUGGAAAAGCAAGGUAGCAUUGUGUAUGUCGAGAUAUUUGCAGACAACAUUCAAAGAGGAAAAGUGACAUUCUCACCUGCUCCGAGCCCUUUCUGGCGAAGUGGUCAAUAUCCAAUCACCACUGCGGUUGGCAACACUUAUGAUGUUAAAAUCCGGCUCGAUGCUACCCCAAGAAGAGGAGGAACCGUGAGAAGCCCCUUCAGGAAUAUUUUUUACCCUGAAAAGACGAAACUUGUUUCUUCUACUCUUCAGCUCGGGGUCAUGAUAGAGCCGGAAUGUAUGAUGCCUAUGGAGACUCUGAAAUCCCAGGAACCUGGCGAUCUUACACUCACAUUGAAUCUGAGGCGUAAAGAACUUGAAGCUCAUUUCACAGUGCAUCUUGUGGAUCCACGAACUCAUGGUGACAUUGAUUUCCCUAGUAAAUCUGAGGUUGGGGAGUAUAAUCGCCGUGAGAAAUACAUGUUCACUAUACCUUUUGGUCAGUUGAAGUCAAUUCAGAAGAUUGAUCUUAGAGGAGGAAACUUUUCACUCUUGAUGUCUUUAGAUAGUCCGCCUAGAUUCUUCCGCUGGCGGAAUGAUGGACAGGCACCUCAAUCAGGAGUGCUAUCAUGGAAUCAAUGGGAUAAUUGGUUUCGGCAAACCGAUAUUGAAUUUGACCCUUUUAUCAUUGAAUCUCAACCAGUCGCUUUACACAAGAAGAGGCCAGUCAUUGAUAUUGGUCGCUGGACUACCUACCGCUGGACUUUCAAUAAUGGCCAAUGUCCCCCAGAUAAAUUUCAAAUGGUUCAGGCGGCUCUCCAAGAUUUCAACAUCGAUAUGAUCUCUCUGAAUAGCUUCAAUUUGAUGCCAAUGCGUAAAGCCGAGCUAUGGUCUCUCAUAGACCCAUGUGAGGCCAAAACUACACAAGCUGGCCUCCGUUCUCUUGAUCCAAGCAGUGUCAAAGUAAAUCUACCAUUUGAAGUAAGAUAUCAAUUGGAAGUGUGCAUUUCUAGGGAGAUUGUCAAUGAAUACAAUAUAGACGAAAAGUUCAUAAAUUCCUUAGCCGAAUUAUCUGCACAAGAUCCAGCCAAGGCAAGGAAUUUACUGGAGUACGUCGCCGAGCAUUACAGCUCCAAACGCCUAUACGACCCUUCGUCUAUUUUUACCAACAGUGAAGCUUUGUCGUUUUCUGCCUUGACUGAUAUUCCCCAUUAUUGUGCCUUUUCACGAAAAGCUACAGUAACACCGACUUCAAUCUUAUUCAAUUCACCUACUGUUGAAACUACCAACAGAGUUUUGCGACACUACUCGAAGGAGAACCAAGAAGGUCGAUUUUUACGUGUUCAGUUUACUGAUGAAAAGUUCGAGGGCCGGAUCAAUUCAUGUGCCGAUAAGAUUCGUAAUGAUGCAAUAUUCACAAGAGUUUUUAGGGUGAUCAGUAAUGGCAUUCGUAUUGGUGAUAGGCACUACGAGUUUUUAGCCUUUGGAAACUCUCAAUUUCGAGAGAAUGGCGCAUACUUCUUUUGUCCAUCUGCCAAUUUAUCUUGCAACGAUAUUCGCCAAUGGAUGGGGACUUUUUCCCACAUCAAUGUAGUUGCAAAGUAUGCUGCGAGACUUGGCCAGUGUUUCUCAACAACUAGAGCUAUUAAAGGUCUUUCCGCGCCCGACAUCGUGAAGAUUCCUGAUAUUGAAAGGGGUAGGUACUGCUUCACUGAUGGAGUUGGCAAGAUCUCACCUUAUCUUGCUCAAAUGAUUGCUUCUGAACUAAAGCUACGUGUCGACUUAGCACCAUCGGCUUUUCAAUUUAGACUGGGUGGCUGCAAAGGCAUAUUAGUCGUUUCUCCUGAUGCGAAAGAUAAUGAAGUCCAUAUUCGCAAAAGUCAGCAAAAGUUCACAGCUGCAUACAAUGGUCUCGAAAUCAUUCGAUGUUCACAAUUCUCCUCUGCUACUCUUAAUAGGCAAACUAUCACUAUCCUUUCAGCACUUGGAGUCAAGGAUGAAGUAUUCUUGAAGAUGCUAUCCAGGCAACUUUCUGACUAUCAGAGUGCAAUGAGCAACAACGCCAUUGCACUUGGCCUCCUUAACAGAUACAUUGAUGAUAAUCAUAUGACCAUCAAUAUUGCUGGUAUGAUAUUGAAUGGUUUCAUGUCAGAAAAAGAACCAUUUGUUCUAUCUUUGCUCCAUCUAUGGAGAGCAUGGUCGAUCAAACUCCUAAAGGAGAAGGCAAAGAUUAUAGUUGAGAAUGGAGCUUUCGUGCUUGGUUGUGUUGAUGAAACGAACACUCUCAGGGGUUAUACCAAGCCAACAGUGGCAUACGGUACGACUUACAAAGAAACCGAGUUGCCCCAAAUUUUUAUCCAAGUUCCUGAUAGAGAGAACACCACUCAAUACAAUGUCAUUGAAGGAAUUUGCCUCGUCGGACGAAAUCCAUCUCUUCAUCCUGGUGAUCUUAGGGUUGUCCAAGCCGUAAACAUACCAGCUUUGCACCACUUGCGGGACGUCGUUGUGUUCCCUCAAAGUGGCGAAAGAGACGUGCCUAGCAUGUGUUCUGGUGGCGAUUUAGAUGGUGAUGACUUUUUUGUCAUAUGGGAUAAGGAUCUCCAACCAACAGAAUGGAAUUGUGAGCCAAUGAGCUACGCAGCCUUAGAUCCUGUAGCGCUUAAACGACCUGUUGUUGUGACAGACUUGCAAAAGUUUUUUGUGAAAUACAUGAAGAACGAUUCCUUGCCGAGUAUAGCCCAUGCUCAUCUGGCACAGGCUGAUUAUCAGAAGCAAGGUAUCAAGGAUCCCAAAUGUCUCAAGCUCGCGGAACUACAUUCCAAGGCCGUUGACUACGUUAAGACUGGUCAACCGGCUACAAUGCAAAAAUAUCUAGCCCCUCCAAAAUGGCCACAUUUUAUGGAAAAGAUCCAUCAGCCUGCAUCAAAACAGUAUCAUUCCCAGAAAAUUCUUGGUCAAUUGUACGACAAGGUUGAGAGCGUUGAUUUCGUACCACAAUACGAAGAACCUUUUGACAAACGUAUUUUGAGGGCUUACGAAUUGGACAAUGCCACUCUGAAGGCCGCUCGUCAGACGAAGACUAAAUAUGACACUGCUAUGCGAAGAAUUCUAGCCCAACAAGACAUCAAGACUGAAUUCGAAGUAUGGUCAACAUUUAUCCUUUCAAAACCAAAGGUCGGAAGUGACUAUAAGCUUCAGGAAGACAUGGCAGUAAUCACCGGUGCACUCAAAGAUAGAUUUCGCUCGGUAUGCAUCAAUACAGCUGGGGGUAAAGACUUUUCAAUCCUGGGGCCGUUUGUUGCUGCCAUGUACAAAGUGACAAAAGAAGAACUCGACAUCGCAUUGGCUGAAUGUCGUACAAUGAGAACGGUUAACGGAAUAAAGGUUCCAAAGCGAAGAAUGAGACCUGAAUCAAUGCCAUUGAUAAGUUUCCCAUGGUUGUUCGAGAAGGAGUUGGGCAGAAUUGCUACUGGCAUUGAAGCCAUAGAUGACUUCGAAAAAAUAAGAUUCUCUACCUUCAGCAUCGAGAAGCCUCAUGUCACAGUGCUGAAUCGUCAGCCGCAGCUCUCUAAGCAGGAUGAAGAUUUUGUCAAGCAAGAAAACGGUGUUAUUGUUCACCGUGGUGAAACUCUUGACUUAUUCCCGGAGAAUUCGGACAAUGAUUUUCCUUGGGACUCUGACGCGAGGUCUGAUACUUCUUUGCCAGACUUUGUAUUCGUUGCUCAACCAGGGUCAGGAAAUGGAGCAGAGUCUACUAGAGUCGAAGCUUCUUCCAAAGACAUGAACCAGACUUCCACGCUUCAAGACAGUGUACUUCCCCAAAACUUGCAAAGCCAAAACCAGACAUCAAAAGAUACAGAGCACGGAGAAUUAGCCAAUACAACAAAUUCUACUAACGAGGAAAUUCUUACACCAUCUUCAUCAGCCAAAAAUUCCUCUCCAGAAGCCCCUGUUAUCACAGCCGAGUCCGAUCAAAGCCUCGUUGAUAAUGAAGAGACCGAAGUACAUGUCGAGAUCGUGGAAAAUGUCGUUCGCGAGCAGUCUAUGAUAGACAAACUUUCGGCUUUUGCGGACUAAUCAAUCGACUCUCUCAUAAACUUUCCAAGAAAUCUCAAACCUCCUCACUUGAUGGAGAUUUUUAUUGACUUUCUAUCUACCUAUCUUUCUCUUUUCCUUUCUUUCUCUAUUUUUCCUCCCCACCGCUCGUUUAAGAGUUUCCAGAAGUGUAUUUCACUGCGUUGAAAUUACACUAUUUCGUGAUGCAAAGCUUAGCUUUGCUCCAAAAAAAUCCUCGAGAUGUUGACGGAACAGCAUGGAUGACUCAGUGUGCAAGGGGGGGGUUUUUUUCACUCCCCCAAGAGGGUUUCUAUUUUAUUAGCGAGGGAGGAAUUAAGUGAGCGGAUCUGAAAACUUGUUACCGCAACCUAGCGAGCGAGGGAUCAUUCAGUGUGCAAUCUUACGAUCAAUGAAUUAAUGAAAAUUAUGAUAUACCAUCA